UUGGCAAUGGCAUCAGUCAGCAGCUUCAGCUUCAGCUACAACCCAACCAACCAACAUCUUCACAAUGAAAUUCUUCGUGUGCUUCGCUCUCAUCGCCAUCGUCGCCUCCGCUGUGGCCACUCCCACAGGCAGCAGCUCCGCUGCCCUCACCAGCAGCAACGCCGGAGGCGCAGUUGCCCAGCUUAACCAGGAGGCUGAACCCGAGGGUUAUGGUGAUCUGACCCGUCUGCGCAAGUCUGCCUAUGGCGCCAGCUCCGGCGGCUAUGGCGCCUCCAGUGUGCCCGCUCCUCCCUGCCCCAAGAAUUACCUGUUCAGCUGCCAGCCCAACUUGGCUCCAGUGCCAUGCAGCGCUCCAGCUCCUAGCUACGGAUCCGCCGGUGCCUACUCCUCGCCAGUGGCUUCCUACGCUGUUCCCAACUACGGUGUGCCCCAGCAGCAGUAUUAUGGUGGCGCUGCUUACGCUCCCCAGACUUAUGGCUACCAAUACUAGAAGAUCAGCGAUCGACAAUUGAGACUUGACUUUGACAUGGCUUCUAAAGCUGCCGAGAAACAAAAAAUCUUUGCCUCGCUUAAAGAAAAUCUAUAAAAAAAAUAUAUGUAAUGCAAAUAAAAUAACUAAAAUAUCUAAAGCAA